CAGUGCCCCCCCUUGCCCUGCAUGCCCGGGCAGCGAGCAUGGCCCGCAGCCAAGGGCGGGCAGGGAGGGUCGGGCUCUGCCUGCCCUGGCUGGGGCUCGCCCUGCUGCCGCUGGUGGUGGCCCCCGGCCGGGCUGCCCACGGGGGCUGCCCUACCUCGGCCUGCUACUGCGUGGCCACCCCGGAGCUGGAGCAGUGCCGCUACGAGCGGCUGGAGGAGCCGCCGCGGGGGGUGCCGCCGGCCGCCCGCAACCUGAGCAUCAGCGGCGGCGACCUGCGGGUCCUGCCCCGCGCAGCCUUCCGCUCGCUGCCGGCCCUGCGCCUCCUGCGCCUCACCCGCGACAACCUGCAGGACAUCGAGGAGCUGGCGCUGCAGGGGCUGCCGGCGCUGCGCACCCUCGACCUGAGCCACAACCCCCUGCGGCGGGUGGCGCCGGGAGCCUUCGCCGGAGCGCCGCUGCUGCGCACCCUGCAGCUCAACCAGGCGCUGCUGCGGUCCCCGCCGGCCGCCCCGCUGCAGGAGCAGCUGGCGCUGGCCCUGCGCAACCUGAGCCUGCGGCGCCUGGAGCUGUCGGGCAACGCGCUGCCCGGGCUGCCGCUGGGGCUGCUGCCCGCGGGGCUGGAGGAGCUGGACCUGCGGAACAACUCCCUGCGGAGCCUGGCGGCCGCCGAGCUGCGCGGCUUGGAGGCUCCGGGGCUGCGGGGGCUGCGGCUGGCUCUGGCUUCCAACCCUUGGAGCUGCGACUGCGGCCUGAGACCCUUCCUGGGCUGGCUGCGGGGCUCGGCCGGGCGCGUCGCCGACGCCCGCAGCCUGCGGUGCGCGGGGCCGGGGCCGCUGCGGGGCACGGCGCUGCUGCGCCUGCGGCCGGACGCCCUCAGCUGCGCGGCCGCCGAGCCCGGGCGGCUGGAGACGGCCUCCUACGUGUUCUUCGGCAUCGUCCUGGCCCUGAUCGGCGCCGUCUUCCUGGCCGUGCUCUACCUGAACCGCGGCGGCAUCAAGCGCUGGCUCCACAACCUGCGCGAAGCCUGCCGCGACCAGAUGGACGGCGACCACUACCGCUACGAGCCCGACCCCGACCCCCGCUCCGCCGACCCCAGCCUCUGACACGCG